AGCGUCAAGUCCCCACAACCUCUGCCUCGCUAUGAGUAGAGCUGUAACUGUAGCAACGGGUGGGGAGGAGAGGAGACCGGAGAGAGAGGGUCAGAGCGACAGGGGAUGAGGCAGGCUGAUCAGAGUCUGCACUGAUUGUUGGAGACGCAAAGGAAAGUUCUUUCUUCUCUCUCUCUCUCUCUCUCUCUCUCUCUCUCUCUCUCUCUCUCUCUCUCUCUCUCUCUCUCUCUCUGAAGAAACUAAAGUCUAGGCUGGACAGCAUCCACAGGAGAAGCACCUACAAGGAGAAUUUUUUUCCAGCAGCUUGCUCGGGACUCUGCAGGAGCCGCAGCUGGGACUGGCCCCACUGUUAACCAUGAACUCUUCCUGCUGCCUGUCCUCGGCUUCUCCUAUGCUGCCUAAUCUCUCACAGCACCCUGCAGCCCCUCCUGCCAGCAACAGGAGCGGCAGUGGGUUCUGCGAGCAGGUCUUCAUCAAGCCUGAGGUCUUCCUGGCGCUGGGCAUCGUCAGCCUAAUAGAAAACAUCCUGGUGAUCCUGGCUGUGGUCAGGAAUGGCAACCUGCACUCUCCCAUGUACUUUUUCCUGUGCAGCCUGGCUGCAGCCGACAUGCUGGUGAGCCUGUCCAACUCCCUGGAGACCAUCAUGAUCGCUCUUAUCAGCAGCGACUCCCUGACCCUGGAGGACCAGUUCAUCCAGCACAUGGACAACAUCUUCGACUCUAUGAUCUGCAUCUCCCUGGUGGCCUCCAUCUGCAACCUCCUGGCCAUCGCCGUGGACAGGUACGUCACCAUCUUCUACGCGCUUCGUUACCACAGCAUCAUGACAGUGAGAAAAGCCCUCACCUUGAUUGUGGUCAUCUGGGUCUGCUGCGGCAUCUGCGGCGUAAUGUUCAUUGUCUACUCCGAGAGCAAGAUGGUCAUCGUGUGUCUCAUCACCAUGUUCUUCGCCAUGGUGCUCCUCAUGGGCACCCUGUACAUCCACAUGUUCCUCUUCGCCAGGCUGCACGUCCAGCGCAUCGCAGCGCUACCCCCUGCAGACGGGGUAGCCCCACAGCAGCACUCGUGCAUGAAGGGGGCUGUCACCAUCACCAUCCUGCUGGGGGUUUUUAUCUUCUGCUGGGCGCCUUUCUUCCUCCACCUGGUCCUCAUCAUCACCUGCCCCACCAACCCCUACUGCAUCUGCUACACGGCCCAUUUCAACACCUACCUGGUUCUCAUCAUGUGCAACUCCGUCAUUGACCCCCUCAUCUACGCCUUCCGCAGCCUGGAGCUGCGCAACACGUUCAAGGAGAUCCUCUGUGGCUGCAACAGCCUGAACUUGGGUUAGGAUGCCUGUGGAGAUGUUCCGAAUCCAGCCAAGAGACAAAGACAAUACUCAGACGAGGCGUAAAGGGUGUUAGGAGUUGGAACUCUGCUUGGCGUCAUCUGUAAGCUGGUGACCCUUUGCAGAGGGGACAUGGCAUAGAAUGGGCCGUCUGUGAUGAUCUGUGUGUGGGUAAGUCAGAGUCUGAUCUACCACAUAGCCUGGAAGAAUCAGGCAAGGCAGCCCCCAGUGUCACCUGUGUCCAUUGCUAGGCACCCAGGGCUUGUGGCUCCUGCCUGCUCAUUAGUUUUGUACCAGUAACUCUGUGCUUCAAGCCAACCAGAUCAGAGGGCUCUUGUGAACAGAAAAAGAAAAAAAAAAAAAUGCUUGGACCUCCGGCAAGCAGCCCGGCUCGCAGCGGUCACCUCCAGCUGCUGCUGCCAGCUGCCGGCUCCGUGGAGAGCUUUGUACAUAUUCUGUGGGAGAUGGAGUGAAACUGUGCAAACGAUGUCAUGUUCGCUGCUCUCUUCCAGGACCCGCAUCCGUGCCAGCCUCCCUGAACCCCUGCAUGGAGACAUGACCCCCUUCUCUCUGUGCCGCUGUCAUGGUUGUUAUUGUUGUUGGGGUUUUGUUCAUUAAAUCUAAGCUUCAAAACCUAGUGUGUUAAGAUUCUCUAGUCAGUGAGAGGUCCGAGGGUCCUGGCCAUUUCAAGGUAGAUGUUACUCUUUAAAGAACAAAACAAACAAACAAAAACCCAGGGUCUACUGUUGCUUCUCUGCCUUUCAAAUGCGAGGAACCGGCAGGCAGGAAGGUGUGUUUCACUAGAAACUGCUCUCCUGUGGUUGGUGAUUGUUUGAGCAGCUGGACUGCUCCUCUCCUUACCCCUGCUCCUGGUUAAGUGCGCGUCUAUCAAGUGAUUAUUUUAACGUCGUUUAUGAGAGAGUCUGUCUUGGUUGUUGCUUCUUUUGCUAGAUGUGGUGUUAAAGUCAAACGACCCUGUCAGCAACACCUGUACCUUGUCAAGUAGAGCAGUCACUUCCACCACCGCAGGGCAAGAUUUACAGGCUUCCUGUCUAACAGCACUGUGUGCUGCGGGCAGCUGCCAGAUCCCUUCCUGACCUAGACAGCUUCAGCUAAUGCCAUCUCCCUUGGUCCGUGUUCUCCUGCUUUUGAAUACAUGAGGUGGGAGGACCGUGCUUGAAUUUCCCCUGCUAACAUAACAGCAAACAUCAUUUGUUUCUUGCUUUAAUGGUGAUUCUUGGGGACAAUAAAGGCUUUGGUUCCU